AUGGCUUCUCUACCAUGGGCAGGCUUUGUCUUGCAACGAAUGAACUCGCGAGCCGCAGCGUCAUCAUUAACACCGACGACCCUCUGCCACCAAUGCAGGCGAGCAUUCACCUCAACGUCAGUGUCGCUUGCCGGCCACAACAAGUGGUCCAAGACGAAACACAUCAAGGCUGUGACGGACAAGAAGAAGAUGUCUGAGCGGACGGCGUUUACCAAACUCAUUGCCAUGCACUCACGGAUGCAUGGCGAAGAUGUCAGGUUUAAUCCGCAACUGGCCAAUGCCAUCGCGGCGGCGACGAAAGCUAGUGUUCCCAAGGCCCUGGUGGAGGCCGCCAUCGCUCGAGGUCAGGGUCGAUCGACGACGGGAGCCAAGCUCGAGGUCCUAACAUUCGAGGCUCUGAUCCCUCCCAACAUUGCCUUGAUUGCCGACGCCGAGACGGACAACAAGACACGCACUCUGCACGAUCUCCGGCUGGUCGUAAAGAAGGCUGGGGGAGUCACCGGGUCGACGUCGUUUUACUUUUCCAGACGCGGCCGCACCAUCUUCAAGCCCUCGGAAGGUGGUCCAACGCUGUCGGGCGUGCUGGAGGAGGCGAUCGAGCACGAAGGAGCCGAGGAUGUCGAGCAGCUGCCGGACGGUGCGUUCCUGCUAUGGACCCAACCGGCCUCGCUCAUGGCCAUGACGGAGGCGCUAUGCAGCAAGUUUGGGCUGGAAGUAGGAGAAUCGGACAUCAUCUGGGCGGCCAACGAGGACACGAAAGUCGCCGUGGACACUAGCAGCUUGGCUCAAACGCUCGAUGAUCUCCUCUCCGGGCUCCGGGAGCAUACUGAAGUCAAGGCGAUAUUCGCCAAUGUUCGGCAGGGAAAGAUUACGAACGACGAAUGGGACAAGGUUGAAAGACAAAUAGAUGUGUAG